AUUAUUAUGCUGUAAUCUCUCUCUUAAUUCUUGAAACUCCUCUCUGGUGUGGUGAACAGCUUAUUUGCCUGUGCAUCGAAAGGCCCUCGCAGGUCGCAAAAAUGGAAACAAAGAAGGAAGAAGACGACCUAACAUGGAGCAGAGAAACAAUUCCAAGAGUAAUGAAGAUAGUCAGCACGAAACUCCCUCAAAGAGACCUAGUUUCUCUUCUGCUUGUUAGCCCUUGGCUCCACCGCACUCUUAUCUCUUACCCCUCUCUCUGGCUGGUUCUUGAUUUUCGUGAGAUGAAUAAAGCUGGAGAUAGACUUACAGCGGCUCUUUCACUGUCAAGAUACCAGCAUGUGAAGCAGAUUAACCUUGAAUUUGCACAAGAUAUUGAAGACAGACAUCUUGAAGUCCUUCAAAACAAGUUUAUCAAUUCUCUUCAAAACUUGGAGUCUUUAAACUUGAAUGGCUGCCAGAAGAUCUCUGACAAGGGAAUAGAAGCUAUAACCAGUGCUUGUCCAAAACUGAAGGUCUUCUCUAUUUAUUGGAAUGUGAGGGUGACAGAUCUUGGUAUAAAGCAUUUGGUGAAGAAUUGCAAACAUGUAGUUGAUUUGAACUUGAGUGGAUGUAAGAAUAUAUCAGACGAAAGUUUGCAAUUAGUUGCUGACAACUAUCAAGACUUAGAGUCAUUGAAUCUCACUAGGUGCAUCAAGCUAACAGAUGGCGGUUUGCAACAAAUAUUGGUCAAGUGUUCCUCUAUCCACAGUUUAAAUCUUUAUGCCAUUUCCAUCUUCACUGACAAAGCUUACAAGAAAAUAUCAAAUCUAGCCCAUCUACAAUUUUUAGAUUUAUGUGGUGCCCAGAAUCUAUCUGAUGAGGGACUUUCUUAUAUAGCCAAAUGCAAGAAUCUUGUCUCACUAAAUUUGACGUGGUGCGUUCAAGUCACUGAUGUGGGGGUUAUAUCAAUUGCUGAAGGUUGCACCUCUCUUGAGUUUCUCAGCUUGUUUGGAAUAGUUGGUGUGACUGACAAGUGCCUGGAGGUCCUUUCAAGGUUCUGCUCAACUACAAUCACAACCCUUGAUGUAAAUGGAUGCAUUGGCAUAAAGCUCAGGGAAAACCCCAGUGACCCCCCUUGGCCCCAAAAAGAGGGGAAAAAAAGAGUUUCCUUCUUUUUCACUUUGACUACACUACCAAGAAGUGUAUGCAUUACAAGGUCAAUGGGAAAAAUCCUGAUUGUUUAAUUGAAAUGGCUAAAUCUUGUACUCAUACGACUCUCGACAAAUACAAUGGAGAAGGUGAUCCCAUUGGUACAGUUUCUUCUAACUGCUGGAGGCAGUCAUUGUAUUCUUUCUAUGUAAUAUGCUAUAUUCUUUUUCCAUCACCUUUUUUCCUCCAUUCUUUCUUAUAAUUUGUUGUAGAUAACGAAAUUCCUGCCAACUUUGGUCAACUUAAUAUUGAUGCAUGUACUCCUGAAUUAAUCCAUCACCAAUGGAUGCAAGAUGAUUUUCUAAAUUCUUUUGUCAUGAAAUUUGUCAGUGCAGUCGCUACUUGCUAGCGCUAGUACUCGGUUGCUUACAGCUUAGAAAAUAUGAAGAACAAAAAUUUGGGUGGCAA